CACCAGAGAACCCAAAAGCCCAUUUGCAUCCACCAAAACGGACUACACGUCCCAAGCUGCUAAUUGAAGUUGUUAUAGUCAUCGUUUUACUCGAUGCGAGAAAAGAGACGUUGUUAAAUUCCACGAUAGCUACACACGGCUAAUAGAGAAAAACUUGGACUGUUAUUGUAAUGUUUUGACAUCAUGGAGGUAAUUGAGACAAUUGUGAUACAAAGUACUGAAGUAGAAGGAAAGGAAACGGUCGUGUCAAGCGUGGACACCGAUAAAACCAAAGCAGAAUUUAUAUGGACACUGCAGGCUACAUGGCACCUUGUCAACACCAGACUUGAAAUGGACCAGGCUUUUGACCAGCCUGUAUGCAAGAAAAAGAAACUUUGGGAGAUGGUGGCAGAGAAAGUAAAUGCCAAACUGAGGGAGUCAGAGGUCACUGAUGUCACCGUGAAGGCGUACGAAUGUGACCUCAAGUGGAGAAACAUGCUGGCCACGUACAGGAAGAACGCUGACAGGGCCAAGAGGCUGGGGGCGGCCAGCGUCCACUGGGAGUUUUUCAAGACAAUGCAUGAGGUCUUGGGUAAGAGCAGGGAGGAGAUCGAAGCCCAGCGAAGAGCCAAGCUCAACGGCACAAGAGUGGGCAAGGCCAUAGCCAGCAAGAGGUUUACCCCUAUUCUACCUACACCUCCUGCAACAGCUGCUCCCUGCGCUGCCCGGCCUCCACAGGACGUCCUACAGCUGUACAUGGAGCUGCAAGAGAGGAAAAUGAACAUGUGGGCCCAGCAGAAAGCCCUGGAGGAGAGGAAGAUAGAGGCGAUUAACAACCUGGCCCAGGCCAUCUCUAGCCUGGCUCAGAAUAACAACACACACAUGUCAAAGGAUGGACAGUAGGCCACAUGAAGUGGGUCGGAACUUCUAUGUGUGUGGUCUGCUCUUACCAAAAACUUUUAUGAUACUGCGCUAGGAAAACAGUUUGAGUGUCUUUUUAUAAACGGUUUUUAGAUUGGU